ACUGAAACGAUAUUUCAAUUUAAGGUGGCGAAACAUUACACUAUAUUGUUCGUCUUGUCAAUAACUUGUCUAUGCUUGCAAUACUCAUUUCUCUAUGACAGAUAAACAAACAGUGUCAACGAAAAUAUGACAAUUCACAAUUUGUAUAUAUUUUCCAAAAAUGGAACGUUACUGUAUUACGCUGAAUGGAAUAGGUUAAACAAAUCUGGAAUCACUAAAGAAGAGGAAGCCAAACUGAUGUAUGGAAUGUUGUUUUCCAUUAAAUCUUUUGUAAAUAAAAUAUCCCCACUAGACCCGAAGGAAGGAUUUUUAUAUUACAAAACUAGUAAAUAUACGUUACAUUAUUUUGAAACUCCUUCUGGAUUGAAAUUUGUUUUAAACACAGAUAAUGCUUCACAAAAUGCAAGAGAAUUAUUGCAACAAUUAUAUAGAGAUGUUUAUUUAGAAUACGUUGUAAAGAAUCCUCUAUGCCAACUAAACGAACCAAUCCAAAGUGAACUUUUCAAAUUGAAAGUAGAUGAAUUAUUUAAAAAGUCACCUCUAUUUUUAAGUAGAGCAAUUUAACUUGCAAUAUUUGUAAAAUCACUGUAUAUAAAUGUAAAAAUAAUAUAAGAUUAUUAAGUCCUUUAACUUAAUAAUGUAUUUAAUACCGAAUAUUAAAUGCUACUGAAUUAAUAAAUAAAAUCAUAAGUAUAUAGCUGAAAAAACCGAUGGAAUUGAUAAAAAUUUUACUUUCAGGAAAUAUAAUUUAAGGA